CAUGGUAAUGCGAGAGUCAUACAGUAAAGACAAUUCCUUUAGAGAUAAAAAACAUAGUUAUAUUAAACAAGCCAUUAAAGAUGAAAUAAAGGAACUCAAAGAAAAAGUGCGUGCAGCCUAUGCACUUAAUAUUCGUAAAAAUGAUGGUGAUAAACUUACUGAAGAUGAAUUGAGAACGAUUGAAGAGGUAGAAAUUAAUAAUAAAAUGAUUGGAAGAUUGAAUAAUAUGUUAGAACACCAAAGCACAGCUUCUUCCACUCCUACUUCGUACAGUCCUUCUUUUACAAAAACUGCAUUAUCUGAUCGUAUCGGCGAAAAUGAAGUUUGGGCAAUAAUGCAACUUUUUUAUCUUGUUCGUCUAUGUCAACAAGGCUUUUUUUAUUUUAUCACUGCUACUUAUCCAUACCUUGAACUUGAAGCUAUCUCUUACCUUUGUGAUCAAAUGAUUACUGCUUCACUUUAUACCUCUGUUACGAACAACACAACUCCAAUGACUAUUGAUCAAAAAAAUAUCUUUGCAAUGGAGAAUAGAGAUAAAACAAGAACACUUGCUAAAAAAUUAGUUAAGGAAGCAGAUGAACCAGUUGGGCCUGGAUACAAAACAACGUUUAAGCAAAUUAUGACAGUCAUUCGUGGACUUGUAAAUCAAAGUUUAGCAUCCCCUAUUUCACAAAUGAACAAUAGUGAGCAACAAACAUUCAAUAAGGAGGCUACUCAACAACCACCUAUUUGGGUUUUUAUGCCUUAUUGCAGUAUGAUAGGAUCAUUUCCUAUGAAUGAUGUGCCACCUGUUACAUUACCAACUGUUCCCUUUCCUAGUACUAUGUUACCACCUAACUUGGUACCAUUAGAUGCUUUUCAAAUGACAUCUGAUAAGCAGUCAGAACAGAGAUCUACAAUUGAGACAAACGAUCUCAAUAACAAAGAAUCAACAUCUACAGUUGAAAUGAAUAGUAUUGAUAAUAAGGAUCCACCACAUAGCAAUGAAUCAAAGGAAACUACUUCACAAGCCAAGUUAACCGACGAAUUACAAGAGGAGGACAAACAGGAAGAAAGUGAUAGCAAUAGUGACCGAAAAUGUAUGGAUUCAGAAGUAGAAAAACCAAUCGAGCAUACACGAAUGGAUUCCACUGAAAGAGAAGCUGACUUAUAUGCUAACUCGAUUGACAACACUCAACUCUUGCCUGAUGAAGAGCAAUUUAUGGAUGCAGAAGAAGAACAAGAAAAUAGUCAUGUCAGUGGCAAUGAUACAACGGCCUCAACGACACCAAUCGUAUAUAGUACAGUGAGUUAUUUUGAGAAAUUUGCAGAUAAAGAACUAGAGCCAAAUAAAAAUAAAGAUAAAGUAGAAGAUGAUGUAAAGACUGAUGAGGAAACAUUAUCAAAUACAGUAGAAACAUCAUCAAUAGAGGCUUCAUCAAAUUCUUCUAACCAUAUUCAAUUGCAACACAUAGAUAGCACUAAUUCUGAUGAUGAGAAGCAUGUAGAUAAGGAGCCAAAAAAAGACAAUGAUGAGAAGAAGAAUUCUGCAAAAAGUGUUGAGGAAGUAGUAUCAAGUUGGCAAUCGUAUGCAGCAGAAGUAUCAUCAGCGGAAUCUUCACCAAAGCCUCCAAAUCGCACUCGAUCACCAUUAAGGAGAGGGCGUAGUUAUUUUAAGGGAAGAGUAUCCCAAAGAAAAAAAUAUUAAGUAAAAAAAAAAAAAAAAAAA